UAUAAAGCAAACCCGCGGAGCGAAGCACCGACAGAGGGGGUCUCUGUGGAGGCAGCUGGACUAGGCUAACAGGCGCCGUUGGCUGGUUCAUUCAGCACUUCGUAACUCGUAUAGUUCAUCAAAAUAAAAGUUUCCACAACGAAGAUGACCACGGUCGUGGCGUCGACAUUCUUUGACUUCGGCGAAAUGAUGACCAAGACUUCUUGGAGAUUGGGGUGUGGGACUGACAACAUGCAUCAGAACAACAAAACAAACUACAACAACAACAUCCUUACUGGCUCCCAUCAGAUACCUGCCUCCUGCACUGGUAGCACCCCUACGAUGGUCUCCCCCACUGGGGCCCUGCUGGACAGGAAGGCAGUGGGGACCCCCUCAACAAGUGGGAUGUACCAGAGGCGACAUUCUGCCUCUCUUCCAAGCUCAAAGUUCAACCAGAAUCAGUUCAUCAAUGGCCUUAAAGUAGACCCCUUGCCCACCUUGGGCAGUGGCAGCAGCAACAAGGAGAACCGCUUCCGGGAUCGCUCUUUCUCUGAAGGCGGUGAGCGUCUGCUGCAGAAGUCACUCAGCAUGACUGGCAGUGGCAACAGCCAGGUAAACUCCAGCCGCUACAAAACAGAGCUGUGCCGUCCCUUUGAGGAGAAUGGCGCCUGCAAGUACGGUGACAAGUGCCAGUUUGCGCAUGGUGUCCGUGAGCUCCGCAGCCUGAGCCGCCACCCCAAGUACAAGACGGAGCUGUGCCGCACCUUCCACACCAUUGGCUUCUGCCCCUAUGGCCCACGCUGCCACUUUGUCCACAAUGCUGAAGAGCGCCGGGGGCCUCCACCACUCUCAACCUCCAACAAGCUGGAGAGGCCCCGUCUCCAGCACAGCUAUAGUUUUGCUGGGUUCUCAAGCACAGGCAGCCUGCAGGACAGCCCCACAUCUGUCACCCCUCCACCCAUCUUCUCCACUGAGGAUCUCAGUGGGUGGCCCAGCAACCCAUUCACUUACUCCAGCCAGGAACUGGGGAACCUGUUCGGCCCCAGCCUAGGUGGUGCGUUCAGCAGCGAUCUUUCAACUCAAGCACCCCCCUCCCCAACAGCAGCCUACUUCCGACCGAUGUCCGAGUCGCCUUCCAGCCCUCCGGAAUCCCUCUCAGAUCAAGAAGGGUACCAGAGCAGCUCAGGGAGUCUGAGUGGCUCAGAGUCCCCUGUUUUGGAUGCUACGCGUCGCCUACCCAUCUUCAGCAGACUCUCCAUCUCAGAUGAGUAAAUCAGACACACAUUACUGAGAUGGUGCAAGAGAAGGAAGGCAGUGGUCACUCCCCUCUCCUGCUCCACCCUUCCCACUUUCCUGGCUUUGUUUACAAGUGAGGGACAGUCAGAUUUAUAUCCAACUGUUUUAAAUUAAGCUGAAUGCUGCCCCACUUCACCCGCAGUGACAGUCAAAUCCUUUCCUGCCGUUCACUUUGCCUUUCCUCGCACAUUGCUACCCUAACCUUCACCGAUGUGGGCCUGGUAAGUUCUACUUCAGAAGAACCGUUCAGAACUCCAGUUUCAAAAGGACUAGUUGAAUUAAGGGAGAGUCUAAAAUGGCCUUUCAGCUAAAGCAAUAAAAGGGGGGGGGGGGGGAACUCCUAUAAGUUCCUCAAAACAGCCACAUCUGACUUCAUGCCUCCCACUUUCUUUGGUGCCAGAAGGGUGAAACAGUUGUAGAAAACGAGAGCUCUGUGGGAAAGGUGUUAGUCUGUGACUAAUGCUACACAUCUCAUGUGAUGUCUUUCUCCUAUUCCCUGGUCAUGGUUUCAUGUUCUUCACUGGCCACUGCCUCAGGAUCCCUAUUCAUGUUUGGCAAACAAAGGAUGCAACCACAGCCUUAUGUACAGUUUUGUAGCAGCAGCUAAAGAAUCAAAGUGCCUGGGGGAGUGUUGUAGCCAGUGCUAAAGCAAAGGCCUGCAAUUGGCCCCAUCAUUCCUGUAGGAACACCCACGUGUGGAAAAUCUGCAGGAAGGAUUUGAAAGAUUGGGAAGAUUGUACUGGCUUGAGAGUUUGACAGGAAAAUACUCAUUUUCUUUAUUUUGGUGUGAUAAGAGUUCUGCCCCCCCUUUCAUCACCAUGACAGCAUCCUUAACUUGUGGCCUUAAGAUGUUUUUAUUUAAAUGUAACUCUUUCAAAUGUCUUGUUUUUGGGAGGAGAUUGUUGCUGAUGUUGGGGGGGGGGGGGGGGAGAAUGACCUUUGACACCAAGACUGUUGCCCUCCUGCUUCUGCUGCCCUUACCCCAGACUUUAAUGCAUUCUGCCAAGCAUGGGCACAUUGUGUUUCAUCAGUGCAGCUGUGGUCUGCCACAAAGUGGUCCGUUCCUACCUAAAUUCCACUUUGUGGAGCACUUUUUUUUAGCCCUCUCAUAACCGCUUGCUUUUUUAUUUUUUGUUUUGGAAAACCUUUCAAAAUGUAAGAUUUGCUUGUCACUGCUUAUUUAUCAAACAUAUUUAUUGCUGAUCAUAUGCAUUUUUUUGUUAAUUUUGUUUGUAUUUAUCUGGAUAAUAAUGAAACGAUAGAAUAUAUUUUCUUUUAUGU